AUGCGGCAGCUCAAAUUUCACGAGCAGAAGCUGCUCAAGAAGCAUGACUUUCUCCAGUGGAAGAAUGAGCACAACCUGCGUGAGAUCAAGGUGAUGCGCAGGUACCACCUGCAGGACCGCGACGACUACCAAAAAUACAAUGUCCUGGUCGGCAAAGUGCGCAGCCUCGCGCUGCGCCUGUCGACGCUCCCUGCCGCAGACCCGUUUCGCGCGCAGCAGGAGUCGAUGCUCCUGAAUAAGCUGUACGACAUGGGCCUGCUCGACACCGGUGCCAAGAUGAGCGAUAUCAUGGAGAAGCUGAACGUAAGUGCGUUUUGCCGCCGCCGCCUCCCGAUCGUGAUGGUGCGGCUGCACAUGAGCGAGUCUGUGUCGCAGGCCGUGCGCUACGUCGAGCAAGGGCAUGUGCGUGUUGGCCCCGAUACGAUCACCGACCCCGCUUUCUUGGUCACACGCAACCUCGAGGACUUCGUUACCUGGGUCGACACCAGCAAGAUCAAGCGUGCGAUUGCCAACUACAACGACGAGUUGGACGACUUUGAUCUCCUAUAG